UUUUUCUCAUUAAUCGACACAUCCCCCCUUUCCUUCCUCUUCCGUUGUCUUUUUACCUUUCUUUCCCCUUCUUCCAAAACUACCACCCAACCAAACCUAUCAAUUUUGGGGAAGGAUGGUAGUGGUAGCGGCGCAAAAAUUCUCGACGUUUCCGUUGCCAUUUUACCUUUUAAUAUUAUUUUCUUUUAUUAUUUUAUCUUUUCUAGUCAAUUUAGCCCCUAAAAACCACGUUUUCCGUACAGCGAUUAAAUUUAAAAUUUUGUUAUUAUUUUUAAUAAAUUCUUUCUUAGUUAACAACAACCUAUUAAAAAAUUAA